CUUCUAAUUUUGAUCUUUUACUAUCACUUCUAUCGUCUAUUUAUUUGAGCUGAUCGUUCAGAAACCAUUUUAUUAUCGGGUAUUGUUUUUGUGCUUUGGCAAAUACGAUUUUAUCGUAGUAUCUUUUCUGUAUUUUCUGGACUCAUGAGUUGGCAUCUUGGCUGUGUUGAGUGGGUUUGAUCUAGCUAAUCAUAAUGCCUGCAGCAUUUGACGACCAAAGAAGGGUUCCAGCGUUGCAGCAUGUUUUGCCCGCUUAGGAUCAGUAGGAUGGCUUUUUUUCUGUUUGUAGGUUGCCUCGCAUAAUGUCUGCUGCCGGAGAGGCGCAAUAACUGCCUGGAUGACCGGGAAGAAAAUUCUGUGACAAAUUUAAGGAGAAAGGAAGCACUGCACAAUGUAGAACGCUUAUACUGUAUUGUACUCAACCGCGCCUCCCUGUUUAGUAUUUACGAAGCUAAACUGUUAUCUUAUCCUCUUCAUGCCGUGAUAUGCGCAUUUAUGGCAUUGCCAAGUCGUGCUGCGCGGACCAAAGAACCAGUCAUAUUUCGAAAUCGACCAGAUAAUCUAAGGCGUGCAGAGUUUCAUAAUUGCGUUACUGGAUGCCGCACUGCUAAUCAACGCGGGUCGUGAUUUCCGUGAUACACCAUGCAAGUAAAAAGUGCAGUGGCGCAAGUGCCUCCACCCGAUGGAGGUUUUGGAUGGGUUGUGGUGUUUGGAUCGUUUCUCAUCCACGUGGUAGCCGACGGUGUCACAUAUUCCUAUGGAGCCCUAUUGCCCGUUCUUCUCGAAGUGUUCAAAGGCGGCGAAGCGGCUACGGCCGCGGUGGGCUCCACGCUGUUUGGCAUCACGCUUUCUGUGGGACCAAUAGCCGGGGCUCUGGUUAAUCGGUAUGGAUGUAGGAUAGUUACCGUGGUUGGAGCGGUAAUAGCCACCGCCGGUACCUUAAUCAGCUUGUGGUCGCCCAAUAUUGCCUUCAUGAUUGUUUCUUUCGGCCUCGUAGCAGGAUUUGGAUUUGGUUUAAUUUAUCUCCCAGCCAUCGUUAGCGUUACGCAGUGGUUUGAGAAAAAGCGAGCCUUUGCAACUGGCAUUGCUGUCUGCGGAUCUGGAGCCGGAACGUUUAUUUUCUCUCCGCUGUCGAAGAAACUGGUUUAUAUGUAUGACUGGGAUGGAGCAUUGUUGAUCAUUGCUGGCAUAAUCUUCAACUGCUGUGUUUUUGGUGCACUGUUCCGCCCAGUGGAAUACAACACGGUGGCCACCGUUACGACCGUCCAGGAUGAGGAAACCAACUCGAAGACUGAAGUGGUUGAAUUAUCGGUGCGUAAGCACAAAAUCAGCACCAGCAGUCUAAAAGACAAGUAUGGAACCGGUGCUGCGGAAUUGCGGCCGUUGAGUGCGUCGAGUAUUGCCAAGUCGGAUACUCAUAUCCAUGUGCCGGAUGGUCCACGACCUGGAAGAAUCUCGCCUGGUACAGAGCCGCAUUCGUUUCUGAGACAAACCAGUUCAUCUGAACGAAUGUCCCAUGGGCGUUCACGGUCCCGGCUGCGCUUGGAAACAAUCGGAGUCGAAGGAGAAGUAACCGACGUGAAAGAAGUGGAAGUUCCUCCAUUGGCUCAUCGUGAUGCUCUAUACACUGGUUCUCUGGCAAACAUUGCCGAGUACCGUGAUAAUCCUGGAAAAUUCCGGGAGAGUAUGUUAGAUAUAUCCAAAGCGGUGGUAAUUAACUCAUCGGGCGAUCUAACCUCGAUCGACGAGACACCUCAGCCAGAAAAUCUGUCGGCAUGGGGCAAGGUGAAAAUUGCUGUGAAGGAAACGCUGGACCCGGCGUUGUUAACGGAUUGGGUGUUUUUGUAUUUUACGGUUAGCAACUUUUUGACAAGUUUAGCCUUUCAAGUCCCGUACAUCUUUCUUCCGGAUCGAGCGGAAAAAAACCUUGAAAUUGAAGGGGAAGAUGCUGCAUUCUUACUGUCCAUUAUUGGUCUGGCUAAUAUCGCCGGAAGGCUGAUAUUUGGCUUCCUGUCGGAUCGACCGCAGAUUAACCGGUUGUGGUUGUACAAUGGAGCUGUGACUAUUGCUGGAGUGGCCAUGUGCCUCAGCGUUUGGUGCCUUAAUUAUGCGAUGCUCGCAACAUUCGCCACAGUUUUCGGUUUAUUUAUUGGUGCCUUUGUUACGCUUACGUCGGUUAUUUUGGUGGAUUUGUUUACUCUGGAGAAGUUAACCAAUGCAUUCGGGAUUUUGCUGUUCUGGCAGGGUAUUGCUUCCUUCAUCGGGCCUCCACUAGCAGGCAUACUGAAAGAAAGCUCAGGCAACUAUGACUCAGCAUUCAUUGUGUUCGGGAUUAUGAUGGCCGUGAGCGGGGCAAUGUUGUUCUUUAUCCCUUUCAUACGAAAGGGAGAAAAAUCAUUUAGAUCCCGCCGGCACAAGGACCGAGUGGGUGCACUCGUGCCGACCAACGAUAAAGCUAAUGGCCGCGCUAAUGCUCAGAAUGGGACUCCCGCCGAACGCAGCGUCUUGCUGGAAACGGAUAGACGGAAGGAAACACCGCAUGAGAUUGUCGUGCCAGCCAUUGUAAUCAACGACAGCAGCACGUUGCCGGCAACUGCCGCGGAAAUUACUGCCUAGAAAGUCCUGGAAAUUGCCUUAGAGGUUUUGUUGUUGUUGUUGUUGUUGUAACCCUAAUUAUUUCACUCCUUCUGAACUGAUGCGUCAAGAAUCAACGCUACGAUGCUGUGAUUUUGUUAACCUUGGUGUUUGUGGUAUUCCGUGUAGCAUAGUACUAGUUUGGUUGAUUUGGGAAUCCAACGUUUACGCCUUUACGGGUACGAUAAUGCUCUGUGUGCAAAUCAAAAUGACGGUUUUGUUAUUGAUGUUAAUCAUAUAAUUUCGAGAAAGUUGCAUUUUGCCUUUUUUGAUGUGAUCCUUUGCGUGGUUUUCCAUAUUAUUACAACAUCGUGCUGGACAAAAAUAAGUUUGCAAUGAAUUGUUGGCUUCUGGA